CAAUGAACUCAAUGACAAUUAAUGUCAACAAAGUACAACUACAAAAUACAUAUAUCGCUCACGUUCUUUGAAUUCAUUAAAUAUAGUAUUGGUCGUGAUAUUAUCAUUGAAUAUAAGUACUGAGUUUCUUUAAAAAUGAAGGAAAAGCGACAUAAAAAACACAAGAAAAAUAAAGAUAGCAAAGCUCCCAAAAAGAGCAAAAGACGCAUAAAAGAUUCAGAUUCGUCAAGCACAUCAGGUUCCGAAGAAUGGGUAGAAAAAACUUCAAAUAAAGACGCAGACCGUGAUGAAUGGAUGUCAAUGACUGGAAUGAUUAAAACGUACUCAAAAGACGAUAUUAGACCUAAACGAGAAGUUGUUAAGAAUCAUAUCGAUUCCUAUAAUCCUUCAACAAGUGGAAGGGAACUUAAUCCAUAUUGGAAAGAUGGGGGAACUGGAUUACCUCAAGCUCCUGAACAAUUUCGAAAAUCUAAACCUUUUGUGAAACCUUCGAACGAAGAUGAUUAUUAUUCAAAAAAACUUUUAAAUUCUCAUGACAUAUCCAGAAAUUCUGAUAGUAGCAAAAGAGAAGAUCAAGCAAAUAACUAUAGAAAAUCAUACAAAUGGCGAAAGGAUAAUGAUGACAAUAUCAAUUCUUUAGAUAUAUCAGAGCCAAAUCAUAAACCAUCAGAAGGAAAAAAGGUGUCUGAAACUGAUAUAAUAUCAGUCAAAGAUAAACCUCACAGUGCAUUUCUGAGUGAUGAAAAAAUGAAUAAAUUAGCUGCAAAAAUUGUUAAAGCAGAAAUAAUGGGUGAUAAUACCCUUGUAACAAAGUUAAAGGGGAAAUUGGAGGCAGCAAGGGAAUACCGAAAGAAUAAUCCAGAUGCUGCAAAUGAUGAAGAUGGUAUUCUCUUAAUAUCUACGAGUAGUAGUGGUAACAGUCGUCCUUUGAUGAAAAAUUCCCAUGAAGGUGAUCCAAAAAGUAGAAGUAAUAAACGGAAAGCAGAAACACAUGAUCCCACUGGCAGAGUCAAAUACUUUGGCAAUGAUGAUAGAUACAACCUUGCAGAUAUGUUCCAACAAGAAAAGUAUGGUUCUAAUUAUGAUGCUGAUGCAGAACUAGCCCAAAUUGCAAGUAAAAGUAAAAACCCCAAUGAUGAUCUCGAGGAUAUAUUUGUGGAUGAAAUUUCAAAGAAUAGAAAUGCGUCCAAAGACAGUGAAAGGGAAAAAGCACAGGCUAUAAAACAAAGUCAGAAAUUAGAAAAAUCUUUAGAUGGUUGUGAACAUUGUUUUGACUCAAAGAAUAUGAUAAAACAUCUUGUAAUCAGCUGCGGUAACAAGGUUUACUUGUCACUCCCUGGUAGAAAAUCAUUGGUUAAAGGUCAUUGUAUUUUAACAACUAUUCAACAUAACACUUGUGUGACUGCCUUGGAUGAAGAUAUAUGGGAGGAAAUAAUGAAUUACAGAAAAAUGGUAACACAAUUUUUCAACUUGCAAAAUCAAGAUGUUGUAUUUUAUGAGACAGCUACAAGACUCCAUAGAUACCCACAUUUUGUUAUAAAUUGUGUGCCACUGCCAAGGGAUGUUGGUGACAUGGCUUCAAUUUAUUUCAAAAAAGCUUUGCUGGAAUGUGAGGCGGAAUGGUCUAUGAAUAAAAAAGUAGUUGACCUAAAAGGCAAAAACAUAAGAAAAGGCAUACCUAAGGGCUUGCCCUACUUUUGGGUGGAUUUUGGCAUGGAACCAGGCUUUGCCCAUAUUAUUGAAGAUCAACAACUAUUCCCAAAAACGUUUGGAGAAGAAAUAAUUGCAGGUAUGUUAGACUUAGAUCACAGUUCAUGGAGAAAUCCUCAAAGAGAAUAUGGAGAUGUACAAAGAAAGAAAGUAAUAGAAUUUGUAAAUGAUUGGAAGCCAUUUGAGAAAAGUAUUAAAAAUUGAUCUUGACUCUUUUGUUAUUAAGUUCCAAUGAAACUAAGCAUGUAAAUAAAAAUCGUGUUGAAUUAAA